CAUGAACCUCAUGACUGCAGGAAUUAUUCCAUUGCUGCUGGUCUUGCACUGCAAGCUGAUGUCUGGGAAACCAUUGCCGAUGCAGAAAGGCAAUCUCAUGUGCAACAAUUCAAGUCAAUGCAACCAUCACGUCUUCAGUCAGGUUCGGCACCAGGUGGCAGAUCUGAACAGGCGGGCUCCAGGUCUAUUGAACCUCUACGUGGAAAAACAAGGCCACGCAUUCAAUCCGAAGAAACUGAAUCAUGUCUGCCCACUUAAUGCCACUUUCCCUUCUAUCAAUCAAACAAAUGACGAAAAGGAGAUCCUGAUAGCCCUGUACAAGAUCUUCGUCUUUUUCCAAACCUCGUUGGGCAACAUCAGCAUAGAUCAAGAGGUCAUCAACAGCGAUGCCACUCAGCUGCUACAAAACCUCAAUCAAACCUCUGAAGCGGUUCGAGGCCUCCUUUCCAACCUCACGUGCCUGCUGUGCUCUGUGUACAACGUCACCCACGUGGAUGUGACUUAUGGCAGCAGCUCCAGUUGGAAGCAUAUGUUCCAGAGUAAGAAGCAAGGCUGCCAGGUGCUAAGGUGGUACAAAGGAGUCAUCUCAGAGGCAGCUUCCAUCUUGAAGAAACUCCACAAGCCGGUAUAA